ACCUCUAGCAGCGGGCGGUUGGAAGAUGUUUUUAUUAAUAUUGUUGUUCAAAAUCCCUCGCCAAUAGAACAGAAAAAUCCACAGCCAGUGAAUAUUCAAAUCUUGGUGGGUCUGGUAGAAUAUAUUUAUAUCAAUGAAUGACAAUAUUAUAAUGCCGAAAAUGCAGCAGUUUAUGUAACACGUAUCAGCCCUUUCCACAGCUCACCAACUUAACAAGUGUUGAUUAAAAUGUUUGGUAAAGGGACAAUUGACUGGAUCGAAUGCGAUAUCGAGUCCAAUUUAAGAAAUAUCAUUUUGCCACAGGGAUUUAAUUUUCACCGAAAACGUGGAAUCAUACCAAUGAAUGGGUUAACUGUUGGAAAAAAAUGGGAUGUACCCGCCUUUUUUUUGGUUUAGUUAACGAGUGUUACAGGAUUUCAGCUAUUUAGCAUAAGACAAUGUGGGAAAGACUUUUACCCUUGGAAACAAGUUGUUUGUCGAAAUAUGGAAUCUUAUCACUUAACGCGUUUUAGUGGUAAAAUGCCAUAUUUGUGAAAUAACAAUGUUUUGGGGCUUCAACUCAUUUUUUUUUCUACCAGUAAUAGGAAAGUUUGAUAAAUCAACUUCAUCAUUCAAAAGGUAUGGAGGCCUUAUUAACUGUUGGCAGCUAAAACAGUAUGUUGUAUACAAGAACGACACCCCAUAACUACACUUGACUGCAGAUAAUAUUCCAGACAAUCGGCCACUGAAUAAAACCCUACAAUGUUUUCAGAUCAGACUUGAAAGUUAAAAUAAGAUAAUGAUGAGAGUUUCAAUAAACAAUAAAGACCACGCCUUUCUAUCCAAUAUCUAAUUGCGUUUUUUUUUAUUUUUAUUUAUUUAUUUCUAUUUUUUACGUCCCGGAAGUACUACUAACACACUAUACCACAUUGCUCCCUUAGCCUCUCCCUUCCCAUUUUACCCUUUCCCAAACAAGAAAAACAAUAUAUAAUCUCCUGCCAAAAUAAGUGUCACCCCUAAUGCAAUGCGUGGAAUUAAACACAAUUAUAUAAAGGUUUGGCAAAGAUAUCAGCUUAUAAAUAAAAUUAAUCGCGUUCUGAUGAAGGGUUGCAGGUACUUAUGGAAAAGAUCAUGUCUUUUUAAUUCAAAUUAUCCCCAGGUGUUUUUCAGUUGUAAGGCCGACAUUACACCCACUUACGUAAUUAAGAUCGUGUAAAAAAUUGAUGUUAUCUUGGGUAAUCCAUCAGAAGACGACGUUGUUAAUUCAAGCAAAAAGUGGACGAGGACACUCCGCUGAGGUAUAACAUGAAUUUGAUGCCCUUUGUGUUUUCGUGUUUUCUGACUUUACAUUCUAUCCAAGGACAUUAUUGGACCGGUUGGUAUGACCGAGACAAUCCCUCAGGUUAUGGGGAUCAUGAACAUAUUACAGAGCAAAAGAAACUAGGUUACAUCUGUGGUGGAUGUAAACCCAUCGGAGCAGAGUGUCGCGCAAAGGGGUCAACCAGAACGUUCACGCGAUGGUCCGGAACAGCUCCAGAUAGACUGGAGGUCCACUGUUUACCAACACAAGGUUUGGUGUGUCGCAACUCCCAGCAAGCCGACGGAUACUGCGCAGACUAUGAGAUACGAUACUUGUGCCCAAGUACAAGUGGUACGUGGACAAACUACCUAGAUAGGGAUAACCCAAGCGGUACCGGUGACUGGGAGAACGUUAAGGCUUUCAGGGUUGAUGACGGUGUCAAUCUAUGCAAUGGUGGUCGCCCAAUGUGUGCCCGGUGUCGCGAUAGAGACACCCGCUACCAUUACUAUGCAACUGGAGACACGUACAAUACCGACCACGACUGUAGCUGGGAGAAUGGCUUGGUCUGUACCAGAGACGUCAACGGGAAAUACUGCAAGGACUACGAAGUGAAGUUUAAAUGCCCAGACGUAGGCACGUGUCCUGCAUGCGCUAAGUGGACUCCCUGGAUGGACAGAGACAACCCCAGCGGUAACGGAGAUGCUGAGCACGUGGGGCCAACAGGCUUUAAUCCGUGCUCCGGCCAUGAACCAAUUGAUAUCCAGUGCCGCGUGAGGGGAACCAAUCAGCCGUGGGAUCAGACGGGUCAGGUGAUCAAAGUGAAGUGCACGCCCUCUGAAGGGUUCGUCUGCGAGAACCGCGACCAGCCGAGUGGACAAUAUUGUAAAGAUUACGAAGUCCGUUUUCUGUGUCCGUAACUUGUCUCACUCAUAUGUUUUCACUGAGCAUCUUGAAGACGGGGGAAACCCAAAUGACAAGCCCAUUUCCUGGUGAAUGACACACAUUGCAAUCUGAAAAUAGUAUAUCUGAAAAAUGUAAACAGAAUUGCUUUAUCAAAUGUACGUAAAACUUUUUGCUGACUAUUGCUAUGCAUUGAUUUAAAAUUUCGGUUCUUCACCAUUUUGUAAGGUGACGCAUUUAACAAUAGUGCCAUUUAAGGACAAUACAGGUAAAUUGUACUGCUUUGCAUUGAAGCAUUAGUUCAUCGCUUAUAUAUUUAUGCUUCGA